AUGACUUAGUAAUCAAAUCUAAAGUUAAAAUGUUAACAAGAUGAUCAUAAGGAUGAAAUAGACACAGUUUAAUACAACUAAUAUUGCACAGAAUUUAGAUUGAAUUGUUUUAAAUAUAUUAAAAAAGGAAGAAUCCAUCAAAGAUCAUUUUGAUGAUGUUGAAAAAAUUAACAAUUUGAUGGAUUUUAUUGAAAGUAAAAAUAAUGAAUGUGAUAAUUUGAUUAAUGAUCUUAAUACAUUUGUAGAAAAUAUGAAUCAAUCAUUUUCAAAAAUAAAAAUUGGAAUCAGAUAUAAAUAUUCAUUAUAGAAGGAAAGAUUAGUACAUUUGAAUUCAUUAUAAUUAAAUGAUUAUUUAAAUUCAACCAUCAAAUUAAUUGAAUACAAAUAAUCAAUCACAACAAUCAUUUCAAAAUAAACAAAAAAACUAACUCAUUCAUUUAAUAAUUUAUAUGAAUAAUUAUAAUUAUCAUAUUUUAAUUAUUAUGAGAUUCAUGAUAAUUUAAAAAAAUUAUCUAAUGAAUUAUAUGAAAAAGGUAAUCAUAUUAUAUUAAUCCUUAGGUUAUGAUUUAUAUUAGGGAGAUAAAUAUAAUGAGGCAAUAUAAAUAUUAGAUAAAUCAAUACAAUAAAAUCCUAUUAACCAUUAAUCCUUAUGGUAUAAAGGUGUAAUUAUAGAUAAUUAAUAGGUGCAUGUUUAAUCACAUAUUAUUAAUUAAAUCAAAUAAAAGAUGGUUAAAUAAAUAUGAGGAUGCUUUAUACUUAAUGGAUUAAGUUCUUUCCAUCAAUCCACAAAAUACAUUUUCUCUUUAAUGCAAAGGUAUAACGUAAUUGUAUUUUUAGGGGAUUGUUUAAGAGAUUAAUAAAAAUAUAAAGAAGCUCUAAUUUAUUUUGAGAAAUCAUUAAAGAUUGAUCCAAAUGAUCAAUAUUCAAUAAACUAAAUAGGCAUACUUAACUUAUUAAAUUAGAAUUUUGCUAGAAGAAAUUCAAUCAAUGAAUAUUCAAUAGAAACAAUUAAUUUUGAUAGAUAAUUUUUUAGUUCAGAAAUAAAUCUGGACAGACAAUGUCUCUCCAUUAUUUCAAGAAUUUCACUUAACAUUUCAAUUUAAUAUAUAUACACAAAUUUUAAUCUAAAUCUAGUUUUUCUUUAAUUUCCUAUUUAUUGUAUUUUUACCUCGCUUUUAGUGUUAUAAAAACAUUUCUAAGUAAAAAAAAACUUAUUUUUUCAAAGUUUAAGAUAAUGUAAUAUUCUUGUAUUAUGAUAUGGCUUUCCAACUCUUCUAUUAUCCAAAGCAUUUCUAAACUAAUUAUGGAACAAAUAUUGUUGAUAUUUUGGAAUGUAUUACGUUAAUAAUAAGAGAAUUAAUAUUUUCUUAUUAUCUUAGUUAGUUUUAACUUUAAAUGAUACUAUUGCCAACUUUAUUUUUCGGCAUUUCUAAGAGUACUCCCCUACNAACUAAUAUUGCACAGAAUUUAGAUUGAAUUGUUUUAAAUAUAUUAAAAAAGGAAGAAUCCAUCAAAGAUCAUUUUGAUGAUGUUGAAAAAAUUAACAAUUUGAUGGAUUUUAUUGAAAGUAAAAAUAAUGAAUGUGAUAAUUUGAUUAAUGAUCUUAAUACAUUUGUAGAAAAUAUGAAUCAAUCAUUUUCAAAAAUAAAAAUUGGAAUCAGAUAUAAAUAUUCAUUAUAGAAGGAAAGAUUAGUACAUUUGAAUUCAUUAUAAUUAAAUGAUUAUUUAAAUUCAACCAUCAAAUUAAUUGAAUACAAAUAAUCAAUCACAACAAUCAUUUCAAAAUAAACAAAAAAACUAACUCAUUCAUUUAAUAAUUUAUAUGAAUAAUUAUAAUUAUCAUAUUUUAAUUAUUAUGAGAUUCAUGAUAAUUUAAAAAAAUUAUCUAAUGAAUUAUAUGAAAAAGGUAAUCAUAUUAUAUUAAUCCUUAGGUUAUGAUUUAUAUUAGGGAGAUAAAUAUAAUGAGGCAAUAUAAAUAUUAGAUAAAUCAAUACAAUAAAAUCCUAUUAACCAUUAAUCCUUAUGGUAUAAAGGUGUAAUUAUAGAUAAUUAAUAGGUGCAUGUUUAAUCACAUAUUAUUAAUUAAAUCAAAUAAAAGAUGGUUAAAUAAAUAUGAGGAUGCUUUAUACUUAAUGGAUUAAGUUCUUUCCAUCAAUCCACAAAAUACAUUUUCUCUUUAAUGCAAAGGUAUAACGUAAUUGUAUUUUUAGGGGAUUGUUUAAGAGAUUAAUAAAAAUAUAAAGAAGCUCUAAUUUAUUUUGAGAAAUCAUUAAAGAUUGAUCCAAAUGAUCAAUAUUCAAUAAACUAAAUAGGCAUACUUAACUUAUUAAAUUAGAAUUUUGCUAGAAGAAAUUCAAUCAAUGAAUAUUCAAUAGAAACAAUUAAUUAUAUCAUUAUAUAUUUUGCUUAUAAUUUUCUAUUCUAUAAAAAGGAAUGGUAUACUAAUGUGAAAAUUUUUAAUGAUACAAAGAUCGACAACAUCAAUAAAACACAAUUAUUAUUUCUUGAAUUAAUUUCUUUAAGCUAAGAUCAUAAUUUUUUACUAAAUUAAUGUAUUUAAGAUUGA